AUGGCGCUCCACAAAAAUGCGUUGGCUUACGCCACCACCGAAAUAGCUGCUUCCAUGAUGAACUCGAUCUUCACUUUCUAUUAUGUCAAAUUAUUUCUCAACACGUAUAAAAUAUCACAAGAAUGGUUCAAUGUCGCACAGAUUAUAUACUUAUUAUGGAACGCAAUUAAUGACCCAUUAUUUGCAUAUUUCCAAGACAACUCAACGCAUUCUAUUUUCAAACGGCGACGUUAUUCAAUUCUUUUCGGUGCUCCCGUGUUUGCACUUAGUUUCCUGUUGCCGUGGUUUCCAUGGGCCGAAUAUAAACAAAAUGAUUGGCUAAUAGGAGUACAUUUAUUGGUAUCUGUGUGUGCCUAUGACGCGUUAUUCACGUUUGUAUUGCUCGCUCAGUGCACAUUGUACGCGGAAAUGUCGAAACAUCACGAUGAUCGGCUCCGUCUCACCCGUUACGGAGUGAUAGGUAACGUCAUCGGAUCUUCAUCCGUGUUUUGGUGUGAGUUACUCUCCAAUAGCCUCAAUAAUUUCAGGAUGUUCCAAAUAGUCUGUGUUCUUGUAGCGUUACUGAGUUGGUUGGCAAUGUCCUAUACGGGGUUGAAUGCCAGAAGCGAAUAUGACGUUGACGUGAAACGUCCAACAAAGGAUGUUGAACAGGAGGUAAAGAAUUCCGAAAACGAACCUCCGUUGUCAAUAUUUCGUGGAUAUUGGCAAAUAUUUCGCCAGAGAAACGUCCUUAUUCUCGUCAUGGUCAACUUUUGUACAGAAUUCCAUAUGACGUAUGGGAGAAAUUUCCUCAGUAUUCUCGCCAACGAACUUCUUCCCAGUGAACAGGUGUCUGAUUUUGUGAAGAAAUUGCUGUACGGUUCAGUGUUUGUUUUACCACAGGUGUUCGUCCUGCUAUGGAGUCCUGUUGUCCAAAAAGUUGGAGCGUUCAAAUUAUAUCAGAUGACGUUUUACAUCAAGAUAUGUACUGCAAUUCUGAUGUAUUUGAUCGGACCGUCACAUCCAUGGAUACUUGUUUGCUUUAUUCUGGUGGACACGAUUGUUCCCAAUGCUACAUCGCGAUAUUUAGGCAUAUUGAUGUCAGAUUGUAUUGAUGACGAUCUCAAGAAAUAUCGAAGAAGUUCUCCUCGAUCAUCAAUGUUUUUUGGCACAAAUGCAUUAUUCACCAAACCUGCUCAGUCGUUGGCGCCGAUGCUCGUGGUCGCCAUUCUGAACGAAAAUGGAUACGAACAAGUUAAAAUCGGAGAACACUUUGACCCGGAUGUAUUGGGGUAUAUGCGAAGGCGGCUACGUGACGGAAGUCGCCGAGGUGUAGAGGUUAUACGCGAAGUAUCGAAAAUGAAAGUCCACUACAACGCGUUUUCAUUUGCACUCAUCCAGUUUGCAUUGUCUAUGCUGAACUCACUCUUCACAUUCUAUUAUGUUAAUUUAUUUCUCAACACCUACAAAAUAUCACAACGGUGGUUUACUUUAGCCGAAGGUAUAUAUUUGUUUUGGAGCUCACUUAAUGACCCGUUAUUUGCAUAUAUUCAAGACACCUCCGCCGUCGCGAUUUUUCACCGCAGAAGACUUACUAUUUUGUACGGAGCGCCGCUUUUAGCUAUUAGUUUUAUACUACCGUGGUUUCCAUGGGGGGACUAUGAACACAAUGAAUGGUUAGCUGGUUUGCAUUUGGUUGUCUCGCUGUGUUUAUACGAUACCCUGCUGACGUUUGUAUUGCUUGCGCAUAGCGCCCUCUAUGCUGAAAUAUCUUUUCGUCAUGAAGAAAGAUUGCGGCUUACUAAGUACAGCCAGUUUGCUUCGCUGUUCGGAUCCAGUGCCGUGCUAUGGGCUGAGAUGAUCUCAAAUAAUUUCACUAAUAUCAGACGAUUUCAAGGGUUCUGUAUCAUGGUUGCAAUAACCAGCUGGCUGGCUAUGCAUAUAGCGGUGAAAUCACUAAAAAGUGAGUACGAGUCCCCUGCAGACGGGGAACGAAUCUGGGACCGUGAUCUCCUAUUGGACAAUGAACGGACAUCUAUAUGGACAUUGUAUAAACAGAUAUUCUCGCAAUGGAACCUGGUUAUUUUACUAUUUGUUAAUUUCUUCGCGGAAUUUCAUAUGACGUUUGGUAGAAAUUUCCUAAGUAUAUUUGCCGAUGAGCUCAUACCGUCGUAUCUUUUACCGAAUAUGUUGCGCAAAGCGCUGUAUGGAUCCGUCUUCAUAUUACCUCAGAUAUUUGUGAUUCUAACAACAUCCUUUGUCGAAAGGGUCGGUGGUUAUCGAGUGUAUUUAAUGCUGUUCUGUGUCAAGGUGUUCACUGCUAUAUUGCUGUAUAUGUCGUCAGCCCAUCCCUUGUUUCUGGUCAUGUUUUUCGUCAUAGAUACUUCACUACCAAUGGCGGCUUCUAAGUUAUUUAAUCUGCUAUUAGCGGAUAAUAUAGAUGCUGACAUGGAGAAAAACAAACGAGUAAACCCACUGUCAUCUAUGUUCUUCGCCGCUAAUGCCGUGAUUAUCAAACCGGCCCAAUCCAUCGCACCUAUCCUUAUCGUCGCCAUCUUGAAUAAAAAUGGUUUCCAAGACAUCCGCUCUGGAGAAACAACUGACCCGGAUAUAAUUGGUCAGCUACAUUACGUCAUGUUUCAAAUAGUGUGGCUUAUUCCAUUUGUGUGUGGGUUGGUACAGAUAGCGCUGUGGUUGAAAUACACGCUGCGGGACAGUCACUUAACUAGCCCUAAAACUGUCAGCACCAUUUUUGUGUCUAAUAUUUAAAGCUCAGUGAAGGAAGAACAUUUAGCAUUAUAAAUCGUCUUAGGUUUUUUCAAUAUCCUGUGUUUAUUCUGGAAUUAGAAAGCUCUCGCUCAGUUGUGUUCAGCCUGAGUAACAAUUCGGCAACUUGCAUGCAGUUUUUCUACGCCAUCGUUUUUUUUACGACACCCGAGCAAAACUACGAACGAAUAAAGCCAACAUGCCAUUCUCGAAACAAAACAAAAUAUUAGAUACACUGGACCAAGUAUUGCAAUGGGUUUUAGGGGACAAAAGAAAGGUGGAGAGAUGAUCUCACAUGUCUUGCUAUGUUUAAAAAUAGUACGAGGCAUUUUUAAAUUAAUAUAUGCUGUGUCAGUUUGUAUCUGACUUUAGGUAUCUAUUGAAAAUUUACUAUUUAUUCUAUAAAUAUACUGUAAUUAUCUUAUUAGGACCACAGGGUCAUUAUUCUAUUUAUUGUACAUGGGUAGAAUCUGAAUAAUGUCUUUUAAAGAUAGGCGUUGAACUUUUUGAGUUGGUGAAAACGCCACAAUAAACUGCAUGCAUGGGAAAUCCAUUUCAUGCGGAGCGUUCUUAAGACAAUGCAGUGCAUCAUGGGAAU